UAAAACCCUGAGAUAUUUCGAGCACCGGGGUUUAGGCUUAGCGUUACAACUCACAAGUGUUGCUGCAUCCUUAGAGCAGAGCACUGAGUAUCUUCUUCUUCUGUUGUUUGCAAAACAUCUUUUCAGCUUUUGUGUGUGUACAUCAAGGAAACAUUUUUUUAACCUAGUUCUUCUUGUUAUUGUUGUUGGGUGUUGGUGAUAGAUUCCAUGGAGCCUUCACUCCUACUUUCUUCACCUUCAUCCUCCACCCCUUUACCCUUCUUCAUCUCAAACAACCUCCCUUUCCAUCCAAAACCCAAUCUUUCCGUCAAAUUCAAUUGCUCCCUCCAAAAGUCCCAAUUUUGGGGCAGAAACUUGAGUUGGGUCUCGUCACAAUCGCACGAAAGAGCAAAAUCGGGUGUGCUGAGGCCCACGAUAACGGCAGCGGUGAAGAGGAGGAAGGAGCUUCCCUUCGACAACGUGAUUCAGAGGGACAAGAAGCUCAAAUUCGUCCUCAAGGUAAGGAAGAUUCUUGUGACUCAACCAGAUAGGAUUAUGUCGCUUAAGCAACUUGGUAAGUUCAAAAGGGAUUUAGGUCUUGAUAAAAAGAGGAGGCUUAUUGCCAUAUUGAAGAAAUUCCCUGCAGUGUUUGAGAUUAUGGAAGAAGGGGUUUACUCUCUCAAAUUCAAAAUGACCAAUGAAGCUGAAAGGCUCUAUUUUGAGGAAUUGAGGGUUAGGAAUGAAAUGGAGGAGUUGGUUGUUGUGAAGCUUAGGAAGUUGUUGAUGAUGUCACUUGAAAAACGGAUUUUGUUGGAGAAGAUUGCACAUCUCAAGACUGAUUUGGGUCUGCCACUAGAAUUUCGUGACACAAUUUGUCAUAGGUACCCACAGUUCUUCAAAGUGGUGGCAACUCAGCGUGGCCCUGCUUUGGAAUUGACUCAUUGGGAUCCUGAGCUAGCCGUGUCGGCUGCUGAGUUGUCGGCGGAGGAGAAUCGGAUUAGGGAAAUGGAGGAGCAGAAUUUGAUCAUAGACAGGCCUCCUAGGUUCAAUAGGGUGAAGCUUCCUAAGGGGCUUAAUCUUUCCAAGGGUGAGAUGAGGAAGAUUAUGCAAUUCAGGGAUUUGCCUUAUAUUUCGCCUUACUCGGAUUUCUCAGGACUCAGGCCAGGGUCUAGGGAGAAGGAGAAGCAUGCUUGUGGAGUUGUUCAUGAGAUCUUGAGUCUCACACUUGAGAAGCGAACGCUUGUGGAUCAUCUCACACAUUUUAGAGAGGAGUUUAGAUUCUCUCAGCAGCUGAGGGGGAUGUUGAUAAGGCAUCCUGAUAUGUUUUAUGUCUCCCUCAAAGGAGAUAGGGAUUCUGUGUUUUUGAGGGAAGGUUAUCGAGAUUCUCAGUUGGUGGAGAAGGACAGGUUGUUGCUUAUAAAGGAAAAGCUUCGUUCCCUUGUUAAUGUUCCUCGGUUUCGCGGGGGAGCUGGUCGCAGGGUAGUUGAAGAUAGCAUGAGAGAAAGUGAUAGCAGAGAAGAUGAAAGUGGUGGAGAGGAAGAAGAUUGGUCAGAAGUUGAUAACUUAAUGAGUGAUGCUGGGUUUGAUGACUCUGGUGAUGAUGAUGAUGAUGUUAAUGACUGGAGUGAUGAAGAUGAUGACGAUUUGCCGCCGGAUUUUGAUGAGGAUGCUGAAAUGUUGGAGAUUGGACAAGGAAAGACUGUUAAACAAGUUGAAGAGUCAAGACAGAAGGAUGAAAAGGUUCUUGUUCCUGUAUUUCCUGAUGGCCGUCCAAGAGAACAAUGGUGAUCUUUGCAAGAGCUUCCAAGCUUGGAGUUUUUCGUGCAAGAAAGCAUCUGACUUCAAAUUUUGAGUUUGUACUGGCUGAUUUGUGAUGGGUGCUUUACACAAUGCUUGUUGAAUUCACCUUCUUUAUUUUGACUUGUUUGAUCCUCUUUUUUAAGGUUGUGACAAGAUUUGUGUAGAAGGUUGAAUUUCUGUUGCAAGCUCUGCAGAUUAGCAAGUUAACAAAUCAAUUUAUAGUGGCGGAUAUACAUUUCUUGGCCUUA